AUGCAAUCAAAUGAAUCGGACGUCGAUAACACAACAAUGGCGAGUUUUUGGGAACCAAAUCAAUAUGUUCGUACGGUUAAGCGAGUAGAAAAUGCUAACAAACUCUGUACUGAGCUCAUUGCAAUGAUACAGGAGCGUUCUGACAUCGAAAAGGCUUAUUCUGCUAAUCUUCAAAAGUUUGCUUCUAGGCUGGAAAUAUUUCUUAAGUCAGGUUUGGAGUAUGGGACUGCCUCGAAUUUAAUAUCCAGCCUUGCUAAAGAAGCAAAGGAUACUGCCGAACUACAUUCCAAUGUCGCUGCUGAUUUGAUCAAUCCAGUUCAAACAGGAAUUAAAAAUUGGCAAAAGGAUAAUUUCCACAAAAGUUCUAUUUCCACUUCCCUUAAGGAGUCUAAGAGCUUAGACUCGGAGUUUGAAAGUGCGCAGAAGACUUGGCAUAAGUGCUACAAACAGGUUAAUAAGUGCAAAAAGGAAUACUUUCAUGCUUGCAAAAUUGUCCGGUCGCUUCAGGUUCAGGUGCAGAAUGCCAAAAGCGAGCCUUUUGGAACACCAGAACAGCUUCGUAGAAUGGAGGAUAAGUUGAGAAAAGCUACUGCAGAAGAGGAAAAAACACGAAAAGCAUAUCAGGAUGCUGUUACUGCCCUUACUGAUGCUACCCCAAGAUAUGUGGAUGACAUGACACUAGUGUUCAACAAAGCUCAAGCCUUUGAGGGGAAACGCAUCGAGUUUUUCAAGCAACAAGUCUUUGCCGCGGAAGAGGUUUUAGAUAUCUCCUCGAAGUCAAUCCUUCCAAGCAUCUUCGCUGAAAUGAAGAAUACAAUUUCCAAGGUGGAUGUAGAUGCGGAUCUAAAAAAGUGGUCCCUCAUGUAUGGAGCGGAUAUGCCUACCAAUUUCCCCACUUUCCAGGAAUAUAGUCCCGAAUUGUGCGCUCUGGGCAAGAAAGGUAAAUCAGCCGUUGCCGAUAGUAGCAGUGGUAUAACACUGACCAGUAUGAAGUCAAUCUCUUCACCAGAUCGCCAAACCAAUGCUGUAGCUCCUGAUAUAGGUUUUGCUGCCGAUGAUUACACCACUGGAGAAACCAAUGAUCAUGGAAUUGAUACCAUGUCGGUGAGAAGUGCUUGCAACCACACUAACUUCGCAGAAGUCCAAUUCACAAAUCUUGAUUCUCCCACUGCUACUGAAAUACCUGCUCAAUCCCCUGAACCCCAAACUUCCGAUAUUGAAAAGAUGGGUUGUAGAGCGGAAGAACGACUAAUUGUACCAACAGAAGUUGAAAAUCGCCCAAUGGAGGCUGCUUCUUCGAUUGCUGCAGUUAUGAGGCGUUUGCGAAGUCCUAGUAGUAUUGGUUCAGAAGAUACUCCUGUGUGGGCAAAUGAGAAAACACCUAAUAAUGAUGCCUACACCACUUCUCUAAAUGGCGGAAGUAUGAGUGGAGUUGCGCAGCAACCAUCGACGUUGACUGAAAAUGUUGCUCCCUAUCCGGACCUCAUUGAUGAUGGAAGACCGGGAGUACCUAUCCGAGCACUCUACGAUUAUGUGGGGGUGGAGUCUGAUGAACUAUCCUUCCGUCAGGGUGACUUGGCACCUGUUAUGGCUAAGGUUGUAACACACACAAUGUACUAUAUCAACGUUCUUGCUUCUUGUUCAGGUGACCUGUUUGAAAAGUUGGAAGAUGAGGAUGAGCAAGGUUGGUGUAAGGGUCGAAAGGAUGGUCGAGUCGGACUUUACCCAGCCAACUACGUACAAGUUCUCUAG